CUCUGUAAUAUUGUUGACAUGGUCACAUAGCGUCCUUGUACUUGUUUCAAAAUGGACGCAAUUGAAGAGGAAGAUUUUGACACAGACAGCAGGCUUAGUUCUGCGAGAUUACGACGUUCUUUUCCUCGACAUAAAUCAGAGAACGAAGGUAUGUUUGAGAUCAAACAAAAUGUGACAAGAACCCUCAAAGAUGCCAGGCGAAAAUUGAACGAUUUACGUUCCGAAGUCGACAGAAAGUAAGCGCGUGUUUUCAUGUUGUAAACAAAACUAUUUACUUAAUUUGAUAGCGUUUGGUGAUUGGCAUUAUCUGUAUUAUUGUAGGAUUACGUUAAAGUGUUAAAAUUUGGUAAAUUAUUUAGUGAAUUGCUGUUAUAUCGUAAACGAAUUGUAUUCAUAGUACACGAAGUACUACAAAAUCAAUAGUGAAUUCCAACGUAGCCAAAUUGCCCAAUUAGAAAAUAAUUACAUUGUAUAUAAAUUGUUCUAUCCUACAUAUGACCAAUUUGGAUAAAUGCAGUUAGGAUCCGUUUGCUUUUCUCUUUCCCUUUCGUAUUUGUAGUUUUAGUGUGUGUUUAUAAAUUUUAUCUGUAAUGUAUCCGAAAAUCAGCAUUGUGAUGUAAAAUAUUAUAUUACACGCGUAAAAAUCAUCAUGUUGAUGCAAGUUGUUCAAAACAGGAGCGAACAAUGUUGUGCUGCACCCCGUGAACAAUAUUGUUAACAAGUUGUUGAACCAUCAACAUUGUUGCAACUUGUUGACAAUCAUGUUAACAACUUGCAACAGUACUGAUGGUUGAACAACUUGUUAACAAUAUUGUUCACAGGGUGCAGCACAACAUUGUUCACUCCUGUUUUGAACAACGCCGAACAACAUGAUCAAUUUUUACCCGUGUACAUUGAGGAAUGUCUGUCACAAUUCAAUUCAAGACUAAUUAGGUGCACAGGAAAGUACCAUUCAUGGUGAAUAUUAAACAUCAUGGUUUUUACUAAUUUACCAUAUGGGAAAUCUACAAUAACCAAUAAUGGUAGGAGUGCAGUUUUACAUUUUACGCCGAAAAACCAAGAAGACUGACUGAAGAAUCAUAUAUCGCCAUUCAUUCACACAAUAUGUGAGACCUACACAUGUGAUUGACAAGCGAUGAAGCUUGAUCAGAAAGCAGAUAGCCUGUAGUAGGGUUGGGCAAUAUUUAAAAAAUCAUCUCACGAUUAUUGUCAAGGAAAUUAUCACGAUAUUCGAUAAUAUUGCGAUAAAUGCAAUAAAAAGAAUGACCACAUUUUUUAAUUAAUAUCAAAGCAUAGUAAGCUUAGGCCCGGUUUAGACGGCGAACUUCUCAUGCGCCGAACCUAAUUGUCGUAGAUACGGCAAAAUAUCGGAAACUGAUUUAGACGUCGAACUUAAUUGUACCGUACCAAAUUGCGAAGACAUUAUAUUGGAAAUAUUUACAAUGCAAAUAUAUGAUAAUCAUAUUAUGAUGUUAAAAAAUAAUUAUGCAUUAGGUUCGGCGCAUGAAAAGCACGGCGUCUAAAUCAAUGUCGAACCUGUGUCGCAUAUACGACUUGUCCUGUCGCAUCUUCGAGUCGUGUCGAACUUAAUCAAAACCUGCCGAACUUAAUUGAUUUAGACGCCGCUCCAGCGUCGCACUUAAUUCUUGCAUUAGAUUCGGCGCAUGAAAAGUUCGCCGUCUAAACCGGGCCUAAUAUAUAAUUUUAUUAAAAACAAGUACAACAACAAAUUAAAGUAAUAUGAAGGAUUUUUCCUGUCUAAUAUUUGCUGUUCAUAAUUCUAAACUAUAAUACUAUAUCUAUGCAUGAUAUUUUCUGUGAUGGUAUAGUGUACUCAGGUGAAUAAGAUGCUUGUGAUGUUACUCUGUGUGGAUACACACUCAGAGUAACAUCACAAGCAUCAUUUUAUCUAUGCAGUGUCUACUAUGUCUUUGCUGGCACAAAUGCUGUGAGCCCACAGCACAAGCAAAGCCUACAAUUUCAUUAUUCAGUGGAUUAAUACAUAAAUAUUAGCAUUUGUAUUGUAUUAAAUUUGUAUUUAAUUCAGAAAAUAGUUUUUAAUUCUUUUAAAAAGUAUAUUUUCUGGGAAUUGAAGAAUUUUUUAGGAUUUUAUAAAAGCUAUAUACACAUGUGAAGCAAUAUCACGACAGUUGUUGAGCGAUAAUUUUGAUAUAUUGUCGCUCAAGUUUCUACUUUCGAUACGCUAAUUGCGAUUGAAAAUAUUGCAAUAAAUCAAAAUAUCAAAAUAUUGCCCAACCCUAGCCUGUAGCCAAUCUUCUUUUCCUUUUGUUUCUUAGUGUUAAUUGGCUUCCUUGUUUUAGUUGUGAAGUAUUUUGCAGAAACAAGAAAAAACUGUAAAAUAGACAGUUUGUUUUUUGCAUCUUUUUGGGACCUAAAUAGCUUGUAGUACAUUGUUCAAGCUACAUUGCUCAUAUAUUUUCAUAGAGAUGACAUAAUCCGACAAGCCACAUCGGAAGAUACAGAUCGAAGUUUGACAAAGGACUUGCACAAAUCGACAAGGUACAGUCCGAGUCGGUCCCUAAACAAUUCACUCCGUGAUUACAGCAACAACUCCAAAGACGACGAAGAAUUAUUACAUGACGAGGUCAGAGUGCUAGAUGGCUUAAACGAUCGUCUGAUGGAGAAACUUGCAAGAACGGAGUCCAGACUGGAAGCUGCUCGGAUGCAUAAUGAUGAAGUCAGUUUGGAAACUGAAGCGAAGAUUGCUGCAAAAGGAGCAGGUAGAGGAAGACUGGAAACUAAAUUACUGUAAACCUCCAAUUAUAAGCCCUGGGCUUGUAUUUGUUUGUAAGCUUUUUUGAUGGGCUGACACAUGGGGGGCAUAAAUAUGGGGGAGGGCUUAUAUACGGUGACAUUUGGUGUUGGUAAUUAUAAUAUUUAUUAUACCUGCAAACAAUACUGUGAACGAAGGAAAUAUAAGCAUGUAGAAUAUAACACAUAAGGCAUAUAAAAAAAUACCUGUGGUUCCAGUUCCCGAACGACCCUAUUUUUUUCUGCCGACCCUAUUAUUUUUUCAACGCGAUUGACCGUACAACCCUAUUUUCUCUGGGUGGUUGCGGGCUGCUGCCAAAAUGGCAUCUGUUGUCACACUAAUUAUUGGAAAAAAAAACAUGAAAAAAAUAUUCAAAAAAAAAAAUUUCCGACCUACCAACCCUAAUUUUUUCGCGAUAUGAAACCAGAACCACAGGUAAAUUUUUAUGCCUAAUAAAACAAGUUGGUUAACAUAUUGUAAUUAACUGUAAUGUAAUUAUUGGCACAUGUCUAAACUGUUGAAAUCUGUGUCAUUGUGUUAAUAAAUACCAUCCAAUAAUAAGCCUGUGGGCUUAUACAUGGAAGGGCUUAUAUUUGGGAGAGUUAUAUUUGGAAUGGCCUGAGCAUUAGUGAAUACAGUGAGCUUAUACAAGGGGGCUUACAGUAUAUUUGGGAGAGCUAUAUUCAGAUAUUUAUGGUAUUUUAGAAACUUUAUUGUCAGUGGUAAUAACCCUUAGAUGUACUUAUGUCAUGCAAUUUUCAAUCUGUCAAAACUUAGGUAUAUGCAAUGUGCAACACAUGUGGGUCAAAUAUUCAUUGUCUGAUACUCCUGAUAGUGACGUGACCUAAGGACUUCUAAGGUCAAUUGUCACUUUGUCUUUUGUUCUAUAGUCUUAAGUUGAAUGAGUCAGUGGCACAGUAUAUGCUAUGAUUUUACAACAUUACUAGGGUUAGUUCAUAGUUAUGAAAAAUAAUGUCCUUUUCUUCAGCUCUUGUGGACAAGAUCUACACAGCGCAGAAAGAACGUGAUGCAGCGGUGCUGUCCAGAUUACGACUCGCAAAUGGAGAACGGGAUGAGGUUCUGGCGAGGAUGAAACGACUGGAGCAAGAACAACAAGGGUGAGUCGAGAGAACUGUACUGUAUGUAGGGCUACACUCCAGAACAAGCUCUUGGGGCAGUGACAUUUGCUGUGGAAAGAGAACUUUACAUCCAGUCUGACUUUUCUGUACAAAAUGAAAUGUUUUACAAUGUGUAGCACUAUUUGCCAUGCUGUUAGUACUGUAACUUUGUUACAAGUAACGGGAUUACAAGUAAAUGUUACUUUUUAAAGUAACAAUAAUUGUAAUUAAUAGAAUCAUGCACGUAUACUAUUGCAAAUGCUGUAAUUUGAUUGGCUACUCUACUCGUUAUCUAUUCCUCGAUAGAUAUAGUUAGUGGCAAAACAAUAUAUUUUUUUAAAUGGCAAGAUUUUAUGCAAUAUAUUGUGGAAUAUUUUGAAUGUUUGAUCUCUGAUUCUACUGAAACAAUUAGAUUACUAGCUCUCGAUUUCUAUGAGGUGACAGUUGCUUCGGGCUUUGAUCGCCCUCAUCAUCUAUCACCUCAUAGAAAUCAAGAGCGAGUAAUCUAAUUGUUAACUAGUUACAUUUUGGCUUAAAAUGGAAUGAUAAGGCGUUACUUUUUUGACCAAAGUUUACCUUACAAUACUUUUUUCGUUACAUUUUCACGUUAAAAUAUAAUACUAAAUGCUAUUUUACAGUACUUUUAUUAUAUAAAUGUGGUCAAUAUUAAACUGAUUCAUUACAUUCAAUGUACAAUAAUUCCCCUGCCUAUUUACUGGCUUCCACUUUGGUUAUCAGACAUAUUCCUUACAGUAAUUGAAUUGACUGUAGCUCUGACCGUAACUAGUUCCAAAAACGUAUAUAACUAGCUUUUGCAGCACUGACUAUCUGCCGUGGGUAAUCUGGUAAAAAUGUGUAUUUUAACCACUUUGAAUGCAUGUUCCGAUGUGUCAUUGUUGAAAAAUAAUUAUUAACAAUUUUGUAAUAGGUUUGACUCAGGUGUGGAAACUGUCUAUGAUGAUGAAGACCAUGAACUGGUAAGACUCUAACAAAGUUUAUUGAUUGCUUUACUUUUGGCCAUAUAUGUCACAAUUAUAAACUAAUGGAUAUGGAUGGGAUGUUCUUAUCCGUAUUUAAAUAAACACUUUAUUAAAUGAACACUUUUUUGUACGACAGAGCAUGAAGCAGUUGUUUAAGACGUUAGUUGCAUCAGAAACAGGAGCAAGCAUUGACAAACAUGGCGACCUCAUGGUUGCAAAAUAUAAGAAACAUGGUAAAUCUAAGCAAAUCAUGGCUGCUGAAGAAAUACAAGCCUUAAUCGACGAACGAGACGAUGCUAUUCGCAAGGUAAUGGGUUAGUUGGCUCAGUGGUAAAUGGCCCACAAUUUUACGGGGGGGGGGGGGUAGGUCCCUGGGUCGCCCUCUGGUUAUGUCACUGAUUUAAUAGAGUCAUACUGUUUGACAUGUUAGUGGAACUGUUUGCCUUUCAUUGAAACACAGGUCCGAGCUCUUGAAAAGGAAGUGGAAUCGUUACAACGAGAAAAGGAACUGAUAAAACACCAAUAUAAAUUUGCGGAGAAAACUAGAAUAAAAUCUGGACAAGUAUGUAUAUCAAUGACAAUAUUUAUAAUUUAGUGGAUUUGGUGUGCAUGAUAAUCAUUAACCGACAGUUACUACAUGCCGUGUUCUUGUAUUUGGGGCCAGAAAUAAUGGGAGCAAUUUAUUAUGAAGACAUGAAGUUGAUAGCAGGGGUCGUCUCGUACUCCACUCAUUUCGUACUUGACUGGCUAGUCGUUUCGUACCCAAACUCUGGUCGUUUCGCACCAACUUUUGAAUUCUGGUUGACUGAUUAGACUAAAAACACAAAAACGAUCAGAUAUAACUGUGGGUUAAGGGUUUUUUCUAUGGAUUUACCAUUUUACUUAUGAUAAAUUGAAACGAAUAAAUGUUGUAAAAUGCAAAACAAAACUAUAUUUUCCUAAAAAUUAUCACACUAGGAUAUAAAAUUAGGUUUGGUUUUUUUUCGUGAAAGAGCAAAUCAAAUGCAUCUUCUCAGUGAGUGGUGACAAAAGCGAUUUGUAAAAUGCGUUUUUCUAUGUAAUAGCGACACAAACGUCUGGAUACGAACUUAAGGAUGAGUACGAAUCGGCCAAGGCUGGUAACGAAAACACAGGCGUAUAAAAUGACCAUAAACCGUGUCAAACGUUCUGAAGUUGACCAGCAUCUGCUGCCUUGUUGUGCUUUCCAAGACCCAUUAAUUGGCAUCUAGUUUCAUCAAUAUUUAUUCCACCAUUCCGAAUGCAUUCCGUUGUAUCUCUAGGCGCAAUUGAUGGCCGCACAACAAGAUAAGGAUCAAUCACAACAAAGAAUAACAGAACUAGAAGAUGAAAUACAAAAUUACCGUGUCUAUUACAGGUACAAUUUCAAUAUCAAGAUUUUGUUGGCAUCGCACUCGAUUGAAUAAUAGUUCGGUGCCCCCCCCCAUAAAUAAUGACCGGUCCCUAAGCUAAGCAUAAAGUUUGAUAACUAUUAAUGAUUCGAUUUUGUGUCAGCUUGCACAGGUCACUAUCUCAAGAACAGACACUGAGGGAUCAAUUUAACGCGACCAUGGACACGUUUGAAUCAAAACUUAACGAGAGGGAGAACGAGCUUGCGCUUGCAGAAAAUAACACGAAGGAAUUAGUCGCUCGACUUCAAACUUUGUCUCGUGAGAAAGAAGUACUUAGUUCACAAUUGACCGAAUCCCUCAGUGGGCAGAGGAAGGAAAAAGAGAGAGCUGACAAGUGAGUUUAUAAUUGAAGUCUCUCCAAUGGGGCUUUUCGGAGCCAAUUGCAUAUACAAAAAGUUAUAGUUAUCCCCGUUGCACCUGUGUGUCCAGCGCAUUGUAGAAUGCCAUAAAAGUCCAAUGUGUGCAUUAAAAAUGGAUUUUAUUCUCACCGAAAUGCAAAUAUAAUUAUGCAAACCAAACUAUUUAAUACCAAAAUAUUAAAUACUCUGCUGCCUUGCAUUACCAUAGACUUGUAUUUAACACUGGGCAAGAAGCUAUACUAACAUGAAAUUCUAACUAAUAAAUUAAUUAUACUAAAAUGGAUUCAAAAAUUGCCAAAGGCUAAAUGCUACUAUGAUUUUGAUCUGCACACCUCUCCUGAGAUCGAGAUUUUUUGCGCUGAUAAGUCAUGCACCUCCCCUUGGGAAAGGUUAGACUUUUUAUGUGUUGCUUAGUCGUGUAAACGUAACUUUUCAUUUGUAGCUACAGCUAUGUAUAUUUGUGUUUUAUCUUUUAGGCUUGAACGACUUGUCUCAGUGCUUCGAAAACGCAUUACAAAUUCAGGGAACCAAACUCUUUAAAGAUAACUUGUACAUAUUUAUUUUAUAUAUUUGUAUCAAAUAUUUUAUUUUCCAUAACAAAACAGAUAUUGCAUAAAAUGAAAUGUGUUUUAGUGGCUUAAAUAC